AUGCAGUGCACCACUCGUAUGGCCAACACCGGUGCCAAAGACCCGAUGCCGUCAACUCAACCCCACUCUCAAGUGAACGGAUCGACGAACUAUUACUCCUGUGAUCAAUAUAAUGGCAAUUAUCUGCACUGGAAUUCAGACCAGUAUUCCUCUUAUGGAAAGCCAUCCUUAACUCAAUGCCAAUUGUCAGCGCAUUCAGUCAAUAAUUAUAGUAUGGGUUAUCCAACUGCCGGUGCGGCGGCUCUGCAUCAACCGUCGCAUCGAAGUAUAGUAACCCCUCCGGCGUCGCCUCAUUUGUCGGAACUGUUAUCAAAUCAAAGUAAGCCUCCGAUCGGACAGAUAGCCAGUGCCCACACACUCCACACUCAUCUCAAUAACAUUACAAUUAAUUGCAAUACAAUCAACACGACCUCUCUCCAAAACACGGCGCCUACACAGCAAGUGGGUCAGGUCGGCCCCCAGACCAUCGCCGGCGCUAUAGUACCACCCGUUCCGCCAACUAAACCACGAAGGGGUCGCCGGUCAAGGGGUCCGAAGAAAGUGACUCUCCAUACCUGUUCAUACCCGGGCUGUACGAAGACAUACUCGAAGAGCUCGCACCUGAAGGCACACCUGCGGACGCAUACGGGAGAGAAGCCCUAUCAGUGCAAUUGGAAGGGCUGUGGCUGGAAGUUCGCCCGAUCUGACGAACUCACCCGACAUUUCCUGCUGCGUCGGCCGCGUCUCGAUUUGGGCGCCACUACUGGUGUGACGGUCGGCGCUAUUAUGUUGACGACAGGCGCAGGUUGUUGCGAUGGAUUGUAUGGACUCGAGUUGGAGUAG